AUGGGCAGAAAGAAGAUCAUCAUCAAGCGUCUCACCGAAGAUCGCAACAGGAACGUCACCUUUCUCAAGGCGAUACGUAAACACGGUCUCUUGAAAAAGGCAUGGGAACUCUCAGUACUCUGCGGCGCCGAGGUCUCGAUCCUCAUCUUUUCGCACAACGGUAAAUGCUACGAGUUCUCG